AUGGCUGCAGUCCCUUUCGCGAUCGACGUCGAAAGUGGAGCCUAUGCAUCGAGCGAACGCAGAGACUUCGAAGCGGUCUUCGCACGACAAGCGUUGAUGUUAGUGAGACGUCGUUUAGGCACUCAAGCGCUGAAAGACCUUCCCCAAGAAGAAAUCGCCGCUGCCGAUGAAUAUUGGAAAAAGAUGUCUGCUGAAUCGGAUGGGAAGUUUCGCCCAUCCCGCGUCGCAGUCUCCAAACGAGGACUCACUACCAAAGACUUCUUUACCUGCUUCAUUCCGAACGGCUACAUGGUUACCGAGGAGAAGAUUGCUGCUCAUCCAGAGCACCGGGUCGUUCAAGGCAAGCCAGGACCCCGGGAAAUAUAUGUGCUGGAAACGGUGGGAGACAAGGUGUCGCAGUUUACGAUGGUUGAUGAUGGAAAUGCUGCAGGGUUUGUCACCAACGACCCAAAUUAUCCUACAAAAAUGACUGGCAGGUUGAUUAUGGAAGGAGGGAUCCAGAUCGGCGAGGUGUACCAUCAGUUCAAGGACCAUGAAGAUGGAAAAGGGUUCGAUGCAGAUCUGGCGAUCUAUUUUCCGGCUGCGUGCGACGACGAUCUUAUUGACUGCCAUCGUCAGCAUCUGCUCGUGGAGUUCAGCAACUGGUUUGAGGACGCAUACAAGCGGGCUGCUAGGAGAACUUAG